CUUUCUCUCUUUCUUUCUAAUAAAAAAAAUGGCUGAUACUGAGAUACCUCCUACUGUUAACGCAACCGAAAAGGUAGUCGAAUCGCCUGUUGCUCCUAUUACUAGUACUAGUACUAGUGCUGCGCCCGCCUCCACUGAAGGUGUGUUGGCCACUCCUCCUCCUUCCACUACCAGUACCGCUACCUCUGCUCCUACUACUGCACCUACUACUACUACUACUAACGCACCUGGACCUGCUGCACCUACUCCUACUGCUGCUGCUACCAAGAGUACUCAAAACCAUUCUUAUACUUCUCCAAACAUUAAAUUUGAAGACAAUCCUUCUGGCUAUUUGAAAGCAAAGAUUGAAUCUCUUAUUUACUGGGAAUAUCCUAAAAAGAGCGCCACCUUUUUGGCCAGUACCCUUGGUCUCUUGGUCCUUACGCAGUACUAUUCCGUGUUACAGAUUGUUGCAGGUAUCUUUACUUUGGCUACUGGUAUAAACUGGUUAUAUGUCAACCUUCAUAAACAAAGCCAAAGAAUCAUUUCAAACAAGUCAUCUCAAGACAUUGUCAACCCUCAUAACCAUCGUCUUCAAGUUCAAAAGACCUAUAUCCCCCGAGAACGCGUCUUGCGUGCAGCUCAUCUAACUACCGACGUUGCAGAAGUCGUUACGCAACACGUGACACGAUUAGUCUUGAUUGAAGAUAAUUUCCGCUCCCUUGUGGCAUUCAUUGUCUCCUUCUUUGUUUGGACCCUGGCUAAAUAUGUCUCUACCAAGUACCUCGUCGGUUUCUUCAUCAUUUCCGCUUUCACUUUACCUCGACUUUACCUCCAGAAUAAGGAGUUAGUGGAUGCCCAUGUUGCUAGACAAUCUCAAAAUGCUCGUCAAUUGGCUGAACAAUAUGGAAGUGUAGCCAAUCAGAAGGCAAGAGAAAUUGGCUGUCAAGUGAAGGACUUUAUUCAAAAGAAGACUGGAAAGGCUACUGCCAGUGUAAACCAAGAUACAAAGAAGUCUGAAUAAAAAAAAAAGGAAGCAAGACAACCACAAGUUUUUCUAUUUGUGUAUAAAUGCUGUAAUGUGUCGUCUAUCUUUGUUAUAUAUUUAUAAAUAAAUCCCCUC